AUGCCAGAGACGGUUGGGGAGCGCCUUGCGAAGGCGCAGGAGACGGGAGAUCCCGAGAAGAUUCGCGCCGCUUUGCAAGAGGCGAAGGACGCGGGUGCGGAUGCAGCACAGGUCGAUCGAGCGAUGGCCGAGCUGCAGAGAGUGAAGACGGAGGUUGACAGCGAAACUGCCGCAGAGGAUCCCAGUGCGAUACUGGAGCUUUGCCAAAAGGCAGAAGCUUUUAAGAAGAAGGGCAACGAUCGCUUGAAGGACAACACGAAGUCCGCAGCGAGGGAAGCCUUAGAGCUGUUUACCAGCGGCUUGGAAGUGCGGUGCAGCGAGCCGAAGCUGAAUGCGCAGCUUUACAGCAAUCGUGCCCACGUGCGGCUGCUCCUGCGGCAGUUCGUGGAAGCGGUUGACGAUUGCCGAAGAGCCAUAGAGCAGGAUCCGAAGAACAUCAAGGCGUACUGGCGUGCGGGCAGGGCCUCGCUUCACUUGGACCUGUGCCGGAAUGGAAUCGACUUCUGCGAAGCAGGGUUGAAGCAGGCGCCCGGAGACUCGGAUCUCAUGAAGCUCCGGGACUCUUGUGCUGAGAAGUUGGCAGGGCAGCAGCAGAGGCGAGCAGAGGCCCGGACGAGUGCCAACCGAGAUUUCAACGCAGACGAAGCCAUGGCAGUCCAGGAGAAGGUCUCUGGAUUGAGUGAACAGCUGUCUAGACUUCAGGCGUCCUUCGCCAGCAAGCAGCGGCAGCGAGUUCGGCUGGAGCUCACGCAGCAGACAGUCACUUCCACGCCGGAGGAUACCAACCUUUACCGUGGGGUGGGCCGCUGCUUCCUGCUGGGUGACCGGCAGCCAAUUCUAGACGAGAUGAAGCAGACAAUGGACAGCAUAGAUGAGGAGCUGCCAAAGAUGCAGAAGGCCAGUCAGGAGUUGGAGAAGCGCAAAGACGACGCCGAGAAGGAGCUGCGCGAGAUGAUUGCCGCGUUCCAGAAGCAGGCCCUGCGACGCUGCGGCAGAACGUUCUGCCGCUACAGCCGCAUGACAGAUGCAGGCAAGGAGAGGAUCGAGCCUCGAGCUGAGGGCACCCGCGUGAUGCAAAGAGGAAGGCUUGAUGCUGUGGAGUUCUUCCACUUUCCUUCCUCAGCUCAAGCUGCCGCGACCAGCGACAAGGACGGCAUGCUGGAGAAGGCAGAAUUGAAGAAGUACGCACAGGUGGAGCUCAAGUGCACCUUAGCAGCCGCCUCGGUGGACGGGAUGUUCCGGUUGCUCACCGCUGAGGGCGCCAAGGGCGUCCGCACCGAGGAUUUCCAGCGAGCCAAGGUUCAGGUCGGCAUCGUGCGUGAGAAGAAGAUCGAUCUGGAGCGGAAGAAGCGCCGCGAAGAGCGUGAGAAGGAGUUGGAGAAACUGAAAGACAAGCUCAAGGGGCGAAUUGAGGAGAUCACAAAGGCGAUUGACGAGAUUGAGUUGUCUUGCACGGAGCUCAAGGAGGCUGCCGAAGCAUUGAAAGCAACAGACCAGAAACCUAGCGAGCUGAUCGCAAAGCUCGAUUCGAUAGAAGCCACGUCGGAGGAGGCCAACCAGAAGAUCGCAAGCUCCAGAAAAGCAAUGUUGGAUGCGAAGGAAGAAGCCGACGCAGAGGUCGUGCAUUGGCUGGAGGAGGUCUUCAGGCCAAUGUAUUCGAAGCUGAAGACAGCAGAACGAGCCACGGCGCAGAGCAGCCAAUUCACGAAGCGGCAGCGCAUGACAGCGGACCAGCGCAACCGUGAGGAGUUGGAGAAGCUCGCCAGGAGAGCCCUUGCCAUUAUCAGACAGUUCCAGAAAGCCAAAGACGUGUCCAACGACGAUGUCUUCGCCAAAAUGGCAACUUCUGGUGAGGAGUCCGCUGUGGACGAGUCCUCCUUCCUUAGUUUCUUUGGGGAGUGUGAGAAGGAGUCGACCAAUGGCGAGGCUGCAGACUUCCCCACCAAAGAGGACCUGCAGAGACUCUUCACAUUUUGGGACGAAGCUGGCAAUGGAUCGCUGAAUGAGGAACGGGUAGCUGAGAUUCUGCGAAGAUUCAUGAAGGUCGUCGGCAAGACUGCAAUCACCGACGGCGUCAGCAUCAAGGCCAACAGCCUCCGCAAAUUGGAGGUUGGUGACGUGGUCGAAGUCCUCGGCCCUCCGACGAAGGAGCCCGAGGUGGACGUGAUGAGAGUGCAGGUCCGUCUCCUUGCAGAUGGGACCGAAGGUUGGGCCACCAUCUCGGGCAACCAAGGGACAGACUAUCUUCAGGACGGUGGAGGCACCUUCAAGGUAGUCAAGGAAACGCUUCUGACGGAUGACUUCGAGAUCGGUGCUGCCAAAGAGACGCCAAAGGAGGACCGUCGACUAAAGCUCGGGGAGAUUGUGGAGGCUCGGUCUUGGAUGAAGAAGCACGAGGAGUCCGGGCUGACUCGAAUCCGAUGUCGUGCAACCUCCGAUGGCGCGGUUGGUUGGGCCACGGUCGUGGGCAACCAAGGCACCGUCUUCUUGGAGGCAAAGUGA